AUGGUUACCGCUCGCUCCCCCUUCUCCCAGGCUGUUGUCAAAUGCAUGCGGAAACUGUACCCGGAGCAACUUGCUGAUAAGAGCUUUGACAACACUGGCUUACUCCUGGAGGCACCGCUGAACGUGCACCGUCGGCUUAACAACUCAGUCCUUCUAACCGUUGACCUCACAAGGGCCGUGGCGGAUGAAGCCAUCGCCCGGGGUGACUCCAUCAUUAUUGCAUACCAUCCCAUUAUAUUCCGUGGCCUCAAGUCCCUCACCCUCGAUAACUCACAGCAGGACUCCCUCCUCCAACUGGCACAGGAAGGAAUAAGUGUGUACUCGCCCCAUACGGCUGUCGAUGCCACGCCAGGUGCAAUGGCGGACUGGUUGUGCCAGUGCGCGGUACCAGAUUCCAUACAACCUCGCCUAACCGCGGAAACACUAUAUCCUUCCCCUGAUCCACCAGAAGACCCAAAAUUCCAAAAGGCUGGCAUGGGAAGGAAAAUCACUUUCAGAGAGCCCGUCUUGUUAAACGACAUACUGGAUUCCAUUGCGAAGAAAGCCUUUUCUCAUUCCCAUGCUACUCAUACUGCUGCUCCUGCUGUGGGGUUCUCCGUCGCUAUACCGCAAGAUACGUAUAGGUCAAACAUCAGCAUCUCUACCGUUGCAGCUUGUCCAGGCUCAGGGUCAUCAAUACUUAUGAAAAACGGCAAACCCGUAGCUGACUUGCUGCUUACGGGAGAGUUAAGCCAUCAUGAAGCACUGGCUGCAAUAGAAGCAGGCUCAGUGGUGGUUACUCUCUCUCACUCGAAUUCCGAACGGGGGUACUUGCACUCGAAAAUGCGUCAGGAGUUGGCUGCGGAGUUGGAAUCGGAAUGGAUGAACAGAAGUAACGAGCUGAAUUUUGACGAUAAGAACAAGCUAGAGCAGGAAAUACUGGAGCAGAUCCUGGUUGAUGGGAGUUUACAGGUUGACGUUAGUUCGCGGGAUAAAGAUCCGUAUGAGGUAGUCUGCUGGCGGAAUGGGGAGGAGGUAUGA